UACGCAGAAUGUACAGGACGUUGUGCACAACGUCGCAGAAAUCACUAAUUGAUACUGCGCGAGAAUAAAUCAAUACCAUUCAGACCUGGCUUCCAGGCAGUAGUCAACUAAUUUCUACAGCCCGACCAUAUGUACAAAUCUACUGUUUAGCCUGAAAGCGAGAGUGGGUCAUAGUUUUGACAGCAUUGACAUUGAGUGACAACCAAGCCACUUUUGAUUACAUUCUUUGAGUUUCAGAUUGCAGCUGUUGUUUCGGACUGUGAAGAACGAUUAAAAGAAAAGGUUAUUUAAGCCCCGAUAGAGACAUACGAUUGGCAGCUACCAUGGCAACAGAAGAAACAGAAAUCAAACAACUUACGCCAGAUCAGCUGUAUGGCAGUUUGAAAUAUUUUGUAAUUGAGAAAAAGAUUGGACGAGGGCAGUUCAGUGUUGUGUACAAAGCUACGAAUACUGCGGAUAAUCGUAGUGUUGCGUUAAAGAAAGUCCAGAUCUUUGAGAUGAUGGAUGCUAAAGCCAGGCAAGAUUGUAUAAAGGAGAUUGAUCUGCUAAAGCAACUUAAUCAUCCUAAUGUGAUCAAGUACUUGGCUUCAUUUAUUGAGAAUAAUGAACUGAACAUCGUCUUGGAGCUCGCAGAUGCUGGGGACUUGUCCAGAAUGAUUAGGCAUUUCAAGAAACAGUCUCGAUUGAUACCCGAGAAGACAAUAUGGAAAUACUUCGUACAGAUCUGCAGUGCAUUGCAGCACAUGCAUGACAGGAGGAUUAUGCAUAGAGACAUCAAGCCAGCAAAUGUAUUCAUAACAGCUUCUGGAGUGGCAAAGCUUGGUGAUCUUGGACUUGGACGUUUCUUCAGCUCAAAAACAACUGCGGCACAUUCCUUAGUGGGGACGCCUUAUUACAUGUCACCUGAGCGGAUCCAUGAGAAUGGUUACAACUUCAAGUCAGACAUCUGGUCACUCGGUUGUCUAUUAUAUGAGAUGGCAGCUCUGAAGUCUCCCUUCUACGGUGAUAAAAUGAACUUGUAUUCAUUAUGUAAGAAGAUUGAACAGUGUGAUUACACACCUCUGCCAUCGGAAAUCUACUCAGGGGAGCUUUGUGAACUGGUAAACAGUUGUAUAAGAACAGACCCAGACACUCGGCCAAGUAUUGAUGAAAUCACAGCAGUUGCCAUAAGGAAACAUCAGGAGUUCAGUGUAGCAACGAUGGGGCGGACUUCCAGGCAACAAACGCCGGAAUCAAUGGAAUAACAAAGGGAGAAUGACUUGGGAUAAUGUGGCAAUAUUACUCUUCCUCUGUGCUCUGAGCUGGACAGCUUGGUAAGGUAGACACUCGUCUCUACCCAUGGACUUUUAUCCUUUUGUGUGAUUGCACAACUGGCUUGCUGAAUGCAUUCCAUACAGUGGUGUCAGAUAGCCAGACAGCAUAGCCAUAUUUGGCCCAAGAAGUAUACAUUCCAAGUAUUUAUCAUGUUUAUAGAUAUAUGAGGAGCUUCCAUAGCCUAGUGGUUAACACUGCUGGCUACCACGCAAUAGGGUCCUGGGAGAACCGGUAAUGAUAUUAUGACUUUACAGUCUUCCAGUGACUCAGCUAGAGAUAAUUCUAAUAGCAUAUACAUGUAUUAAUUUACUAUUUCUGUCCAUUGUAAUUCAAGUAUUGAAAAAAAAAAUGAUUACUGUGAUCAUGAAUGAUGUGUUAGAAGACAAGAGAACUAUGCAUGUGUAUGAGAGGGAGCAUUCUUUUCACUUUGUAGUGUACUGUAGAGAAAAGCAGUGUCACACUAGUUCCGCUAGCAGUUCCUUGCACAAGCUGUGAAUCAAUCACAUGCAUAGUUCACGUGCCUUCUCAAUAGUAGUGCAAGUUUUUUCAAAUGUUGUGAUAUUUAUUAAGUAUGAUUGACUGACAGUGGUAGGCAUACAUGUAUAUAUAGUUCUUAAUAGUUUAAUCAAUUUUGCCCCCUACAUUGUAUGUCCAAAAUGCUAGCUACAGGCCUGCAGUAUCUCAGAAGUGUAUAGACUUAUCCAUCAUGUAUGUUAUGUUUGAAAAUAUUCAGAAAGAUUUGGAAUAAAACAAGGCUGAAUUGUAUCUAUUGUUGCUUUUCCUUCUUAGAACUACGUUUCUCCA